CCGGGACGGCUCCGGGAGCGCUGAGCGAGGGCUGCGCUUCCCCUGCUCCUUUUCCUCUGCUUUCCUCCUCGCUCCUUUUCCCUGCUUUCCCCCUGCCAGCUUUCCCCACCUGUUCUGUGUUUCCUUGCCCGUUUCCCUGCCCGUUUCCCUGCCUUUCCAGCCCCUAUUUUCCCUGUUUCCCACACUUUCCCAGCCCCAACCUGCCCUGCUCCCACCUUGCCAGCCCCUCUCCGUGCCCUGCCACCUUCCCAGGCUGUCCCAGUGUGUCCCAGUGUCCCUUCUCCUCCCCAGUCUGUCCCUUUCCCUGCCACCCCCGUGUCCCUUUCCCUGCCGCCUUCCCUCCGUGCCGCCUCUCUUCCCCUCCCGCCCCAAACCAUAAAUGUGAAUUUUUUUGAUCAUUUCAAUCUCCAAGAAACUGAAGUUCCAGCCCAGGGGAGUUUCUGUGCUGCGGGAUCUCCCCUGCACGGGGGGUGUGAAAUUGAGAUUAUCUGGAAUUAAAAGAACAAAAACUUCGCCCAGCUCCCGGCUGUGCCCUCCGAGGGGCUCCUGGCUGGGUUGGAGCUGUCGGAGUGCAGAGGGAGCCGGGAAACGCUGGGAAUGCCCCAGCGGGGUCAGUGGAGCCCGUGCGGGGGAACUGGCGGAGUUCCACGCAAACCCUGCGCCCGGGCUGCCACGGAUGUGCUUUGGGAGCUGGAGCUCUGCUGGCCCCGCGGCAGUGUGACUGGUAUGGGUAAUGGUGUGAGAGAAGCUCCAGUGGAAUUCCAGAGGGAUGUGGAGCCCGGCCCAGCCUGGAUUCCUGCAGAGGAUAACCAGGAGAAGAAGAAAGUGUUGAACUCACUGAUGUCCGGGGCUCUGGCUGGGGCUGUGGCUAAAACUGCAGUGGCUCCUCUGGACAGGACAAAAAUCAUGUUCCAAGUGUCUUCAAAAAGAUUUUCUGCCAAGGAAGCGUACAGGCUGAUCUAUCACACCUACCUCAACGAGGGCUUCUGGAGCCUCUGGAGGGGGAACUCGGCCACCAUGGUGCGGGUGAUCCCCUACGCCGCCAUCCAGUUCUGCGCCCACGAGGAGUACAAGCAGAUCCUGGGCAACUACUACGGAUUCCAGGGAAAGGCACUGACACCGUUCCCUCGCUUCAUUGCCGGCUCCCUGGCUGGCACCACGGCUGCCAUGCUCACCUACCCCCUGGACAUGGUCCGUGCCCGCAUGGCUGUCACGCCCAAGGAGAUGUACAGCAGCAUUGUGCACGUCUUCAUCCGCAUAUCCCGCGAGGAGGGGCUGAAAACCUUGUACAGGGGCUUCACUCCCACCAUCCUGGGCGUCAUCCCCUACGCCGGCCUCAGCUUCUUCACCUAUGAGACACUGAAGAAAGUGCACGCAGAGCACAGCGGGAAGGCGCAGCCCUCGCCCCCGGAGCGGCUGCUGUUCGGGGCGUGCGCCGGCCUCAUCGGGCAGUCGGCCUCGUACCCGCUGGACGUGGUGCGGCGCCGCAUGCAGACGGCCGGCGUGCUGGGCCACACCUACAGCUCCAUCCUGCGCACCAUGCAGGACAUCGUGCGCGAGGAGGGACUCGUCAGGGGCCUCUACAAGGGGCUCAGCAUGAACUGGGUCAAGGGCCCCAUCGCCGUGGGCAUCAGCUUCACCACCUUCGACCUGACGCAGAUCCUGCUCCGCAAGCUGCAGCACGGCCCCGGCCUCGAGAGGUAGUGGCUUCCUGCAGAGAGAGCAGUUUCUUCUUCCCUGGCCUCCCACGUGCUCCUGCAGCUGGGAACUCGCCCGUUUGGUGGGGUUUUUCCCCUGUUGUUCCCGGAUUGGUUUUUUUUUUCCCUCUUUAAUUUGGAAGCCUAACCGUUCCCCGAGUGAGAAAUUCCCGAUUCUGCAGAGCUGAGUCCUCCCAAGCAGCUGCCUCAGCCUUCUGCUGGACUCUGCCCCAGGAGUGGAGCCUCCCACCCGCCUGUGCUGCUCCUGGCUCCUCACCUGGCUCCCCGUGGGCACAUGGAGGCGGUGGAUGGUGGCAGAGGGGGCUCAGAGCUGUUGGGAAGGAGCCCCUGGGUCUGGGAAGGGGCAGUGCUGUAGCUCCCUACUCUCUGCCAAGUGCAAUACCCCAGUGUAGGCCGCAGGGAAUUGCAGAUUCCCCUGGGCUGUGAGAGCAGGCCCAGGACACUACACUUGUUCUGAAAGCUGAAUGUUUCCUCUGGCUGGGAAUGCUGCCCUCUCCCCGUUGCUUUUGGGUUGCGCUGCAUCGAUGUCCCUCGUUUGUGGUGUCCCUCUGAGAUUACCAAAGACUGGAGGCACAGAGGAGGGCAGUUCUGGCCCUUCCAUAGAGGAGAUCUCCUCUGUGUGCUGUCGGCGUCGCCGGGCAGGGGCUGUGCCUGGAUUGCAGACUGGAUGCGCUCCAGCUGAUCUGUGUUUUCCGCGCGUGCCCUGCCCUGCAGAGGCAGCGUUUUCCAGGGCUGCAGCACUGAGGGAGGAGCUGUUCACCCUGCAAACCCCCCAGUGUGUCUCAUUCAGUGUUGCCGCUGCUCUGUGCGCCUGGCAGAGCAAACCCUGCUGCAGCCCGGGCUGUCCCCAGCAGAGCUGUCCUGGUGUCCCUUGUGGUACCUGCUGUGUAGGUCCUGGCACCUCUGCUCACCGGCUCAUCCCCUCAGCUGCUUCAGCCCUGAAAUCCCCUUGGAGUUUAACCCUGCCGUGCCAAUCACUUCCAGCUGGGAUUAAUCUCUCCCUGUUCCUCUUUCCAAUCAGUUUUCAGGGAAAUGCAGAUUUUUUUUUUUUUGGUGGGGUGAUCCAUCCCUCUGUUAAAUUCGGAGGUCAGAGCAGACUUCAGGCUCCUCUGAUGAUAGAUUACACAAACCAAGGUGGAAAAAUCCCUUUUUUCAGAGAGAGUCCAUAAUGUGAGAAAAAGAUAAGAUUUACCUUCCAGCCUGUCCUUUCCUGUUUGUUGUGUACUUGAGCUGGAUGGGAUGGGUGGCAGUGGAAGGAAUUGCACAAGGGGGCAGGAGCAGCCUUCUCCUUUCCUUUUUGUCUUUGCACUUCUUGGGAGCACGGAGCUGCUCCCGAUGCCAAAUGUUUCCUUAGCAAUCAGGGGGUGUGGGCACGCAGCGUGUUCCCAGCGCUGCAAGGGGCACACUGGAACUGGCAUUUAUUUUAUCAGGGCGACACAUUCCCUGAUUUCCCCGGGAAUUGAAGGUCCCUGGGCCUUUGGGAGGUGGCGGCCACGAGUUCUGUGUCAUUGUCUGGGGGCUGUGGAGAACUCCCGGCUCUGCUUUCCCCUGCUCAGGCCCCCAUUUCUUUUCUCCAAUGGAGAAGCCAAUUUACCCUGCUCUAGUCCUGAUCCAGAGGGAGGAACUCCCACCAGUGCUCGUGUCCUGUCCUCCCUCCUGGUCCCCUCCCCGCUGGGAAAAGCAGGAAUUCCAGGAGCCCUUCUUUAAUUAGCAGCUGCACCUGAUUGAAAUUCGGAAUUUCAGCCAAUUUCCCCACAAGUUUUGCAGGCUGGGUGUUUGUCCUUGAGUUCAGCCUCUGAUGGUUUUGGUGCUUUUGUUUCUCAGAGCCUGUUGCUGCUUUGGGUUGGUUUAAAAAGCUUUUUUUUUUUUUUUUCCUUUUUUUCCCUUUUUUGAAUGUAGAAAAGGGGAAACAGAGUGUUCCCUUCCCUUCUCUUCUUCCCUACAUGGAUUCACACACGUUCCAGAUUUUUUCUGAGGUGUGCUGGCCAGGGAGAGCUCUGAGAAAGGAAACAACUCAAAACAGGAGUUUUUCCCUUUUUCCCCCUUUUUUCCUUUCCUGCAAUUCCCUAAUUUUCCACUUUAUUCCUCUCAAAUUUAAUUUCCCACUCCCCUUUAUCACGGGUCCUUAAAGCAUCACCACCAAAUCUGUGCUUUUUGUUUUUCCUUCCCUCUCCCCCCUCCUGCUUCUUCCUGCACCUUGAGCCCCGCACUGGCACUUCGAGAAAACCAGGUCCAGAAAAAUGCACCCAAAUCGUCAAAAUUGCAGCUUUUUAGCGUUUUCCCAACAGCCCAAGCACGUUUUCCCCUCACAGCCUGGAUGCUCCAGGAACUUCAGGCACCAUGGGAUGGUUUGGGGGAACUUUCUGAGCUCCUUGGCUGGUUUGGGAUCUUCACUUUGUACCUUCUAGGGGCUGAUUGCCCCCUUUUGUUCACCUUUUUUUACCCUUUUUUCCUCUUUUUCCCCCUUUUUUCCUCUUUUUCCCCCCUUUUCUGUUUCCCCCUUUUCUGUUUCCCCCCUUUUCUUUUUCCCCCUUUUCUUUCCCCCUUUCUUUCCCCCCUUCCUUUUUUCCCCCCAUUUCCCCCCAAAAUCACCACGAGCUGCAGGGUGUCCCAGCACCGGUCACUGCCUGUGUGGUCUAUGCAUCUGUUAAUUAAUGAAUUAGCACAAACACUGUUAAUUGCCUUUUUCCCGUGCCCUCACCAUCCACGUGUGCGUGUCGGUUUUGACGGCUUUUCUUGGAUCUGGAUUCUAUUUUAUUGCAGUGAAGACACUUUGUUAUAUAAUGUUUAUAUAUUUUAAGAUUUGUGCCAAGAGAGGAUGUAUAUUUAAUAAAAAAUAUGAUUGAC